AUGAAGGUAUGUUCGGGUAGAAACGAAACUCAAGUCAGUGAGUUCAUACUUCUUGGAUUUCCAUACCUGCCUGGCUAUCAGCCAGCCUUAUUUGUUGUCUUUCUCGUGGUCUACCUUAUAAUACUUUCAGGAAACACUACUAUACUGAUUGCAGUCAUAAUGAAUCAAAAACUACACAAACCUAUGUACUUUUUUCUUGGUAAUCUGGCUGCUGUAGAUAUGUUGUUUACAACGACAACCAUCCCAAAGAUGUUAGCACUCUUUUUAAUUAAUUCCAACACCAUUUCUUUCAUAGCAUGCUUUACACAACUAACUGUGCUCCAUAUCUUGGGACUUUUUGAAUGUUUUCUUCUAGUAGUGAUGGCCUAUGAUCGCUAUGUAGCAAUAUGUAACCCUUUGCAUUACAUGUCCAUUAUGAACAAUAGAUUUAACAUUCUGAUAACAAUAAGUAGUUUUACUGUUGCAUCGACUGUUAUUAUUUCACUAGUUGUAUUCACAGUGCAAUUUCCAUACUGUGGACCAAAUAAAGUUAAUCACUGCUUUUGUGAUCACUUCUUCAUUUCCAAGCUAGCUUGUGCAGACAUUUCUUCUAUUAUCAUUUCUGCAGCUUGCAUUCUUGUCUUAUGUAUUUUUACCCCAUUCUUACUUGUGGUAUUGUCAUACAUCAACAUCCUAAGGACUGUGCUAAAAAUGAAUUCUGCAGCAGCACGUCAGAAGAGUUUAUCUACUUGUAGCUCUCAUUUAAUCGUUGUGGUAAUAUAUUACCUAUCAAUUGUAGUAAGCUAUUCAUCUUACAGGACAGGUGAUGUGUCUGAUGACAUCCAUGCUCUAGGUAGCAUUUUAUUCACAGUUUUAGCUCCUGCACUUAAUCCAAUAAUUUAUGCCCUCAGGAAUAAAGAUGUCAAAGAAGCCAUCAAAAGGUGUUUAAAUACAAAAGCAAUACUUUCUAAAUAA